CAUUGCCCUUCGAGAUGCUGUGCUGGGGUCCUCUUCUAACGCACCGCUGGUAUGACCUCCCUAGGCCAACAUUCUCUUUGUGCCUUCCCUUUCCAUUGUCGUCUCUCCAGAAAUAUUUUCCCCUUCGAAUUUGUUCGUGUAUCCCUGUGUUCAUGAUUCCAGUCGAAAAAGCAAGAAAUGAGCAAAUCCCAUGUUGCCCGAGAAUCUGAGGCGAGCAAAUAUGGCGUGGACUUCGAAUUCGACCCGGCGUUGGACUUCUCUGAGUUCCUAGAUCAAGCAAGACGACACAUAUGUGAGGAAGCAAGUCCUAGAGCUCCAUCGCCUGUAGCAGAUAUCGAUAGGCAGAGCGAAUUCAAGAAGAGCAAGAAACCGUGGAAGAAUUCUCUCCUCUCGUGGUGGCCGAAAGCACGCAACAAAUUCGAAAAGAAGAGCAAGUCCAGAGUCGAACCUGCAAGCAGUUCUCAGAGCUCUAACCCGAUGAGGAAUCACAUUUCUGGUCCAAUAUACAUGAAGAGCAGCGGGACCAGGAAGGGGAAGCCAGGUGAGCGACCCCAUUGCUCGUCCUCGGGCCCCCUGAUGGGUCUCUUCAGAUCCUCCCGGGUGAUGGAGAAUGAGAUACCCUACGCAGCUCUCGACGACAUCGAUCCCCGCCGUGCAAAGCCGUAUGGUCCUGUCUACUUUGUUACCUAGCAGCUCAUAGCUGCGAGAGGACGGUUGCACAGUUGUGAUCAGCAUUGAAAAGAUCUUGUAUCGGGCAUGUAAUGAAAUGCUUAAAGGAAAAGAACUGGGUAGCUUGAUUGAAUGU